GGGUUACUGGUCAUCCCCUCCCUCUUCGGCUUCCCAGACACUGAGUCUGGAAUGAAAAUUCACCUGCCUCUGAGUUGGCCACGGGUGGGGGCCGGGCUGUUACUUGGGUUCCCAGGUUGGAAGAUUAUCUCACCCAGCCCUCGCUAUAUAAGCUGGCCGGGGUGGAGGGGCUCGGCAGGGCCGACUCAAGGGAUUCAUUCCACGGGGGAAUAAACACACAGACAAACCGAACCUCAGGCAGACAUGAUGGUGAUGAAGGUAGAAGAGCUGGUUACGGGGAAGAAGAACAACAGCGGAGAGACUGGGGAGUUCCUUCCUGAGGAUUUCAGAGAUGGGGAGUAUGAAGCUGCUGUUACUGUAGAGAAACAAGAGGACCUGAAAACACUUCCAGCCCACUCCCUGAGCCUGGGGGAACAGCAGUGGAAGAUUGAGAAAGAGCGAGAGGCAGAGCUCAAGAAGAAAAAACUAGAACAAAGAUCAAAGCUUGAAAAUUUAGAAGACCUUGAAAUAAUCAUUCAGCUGAAGAAAAGGAAAAAAUACAGGAAGACUAAAGUUUCGGUCGUGAAGGAACCUGAACCUGAAAUCAUUACGGAACCUGUGGAUGUACCUAGGUUCCUGAAGGCUGCCCUGGAGAAUAAGCUGCCGGUAGUAGAAAAAUUCUUGUCAGACAAGAACAAUCCAGAUGUCUGUGAUGAGUAUAAACGGACAGCCCUUCACAGAGCCUGCUUAGAAGGACACUUGGCAAUUGUGGAGAAGUUAAUGGAAGCUGGAGCCCAGAUCGAAUUCCGUGAUAUGCUUGAAUCCACAGCCAUCCACUGGGCAAGCCGCGGAGGAAACCUGGAUGUCUUAAAAUUGCUGCUGAACAAAGGAGCAAAAAUCAGUGCUCGGGAUAAGUUGCUCAGCACAGCACUGCACGUGGCGGUGAGGACCGGUCACUACGAGUGUGCAGAGCAUCUCAUCGCCUGUGAAGCAGACCUCAACGCCAAAGACCGAGAAGGAGAUACCCCUCUGCACGACGCCGUGAGGCUGAACCGUUACAAGAUGAUCAGACUCCUAAUUAUGUACGGGGCUGACCUCAACAUCAAGAAUUGUGCUGGGAAGACCCCGAUGGAUCUGGUGCUACACUGGCAGAAUGGAACCAAAGCAAUAUUUGACAGCCUCAAGGAGAACUCCUACAAAACCUGUCGCCUGGCCUCCUUCUGAAGGAAACCACGCCUCUUUCAUCGUUGUUCACUGGCAUUUUGAGGGCACGGCCCCAAAGAAGAGCAACUAGUCAUAAAACCCAGCUUCUAUCCACCUGUUGUAAAGCUGCACCUAAUGAGGUUUUGAGAAAGCACGGGGCUAGAGGUAUAGACAUGUCCUUUAGUGAAGCACACUCUAUUUUUAUUUGUUCCUGGUUAUUUAUUUAUUUACUUCGACACCGCUGAUACUCAGAUCCUUCACAAUCAUCCAUUUGGUGAGCAAAGCUUCAUUUGUAUAGAACACUUCAGAUCCUUCCGGCAGAUCUUGAACCAUGUUAACGAGCAAUGUGGUCAGUGUCUACUUAUGUGCGCCUCGCUCGUGGAAGCUAUUUCAAGGUGUUUUUAAAAGACAAGGGUGAUUAUUACAGCCCUCUUUUCUCCUGAAUUUUCAAUGCUGAAGUUCGAGGCAACGGAAGG